UCGAACCCGGGUCCCAGAGGUGUGAGGCAACAGUGCUAACCACUGCACCACCAUGCCGCCCCCUGUAUGCUAUUUCAUUGUAUAAAAAGAAACUUACUGUACUGUACAAUAAAGUAUUUCACCACUGCUUCUUCCUCAGCUCCCACUGUUUGCUAGCACAUGCAUCUUUUGAUUUCUUAGUGCAAUCUGUGCUUUAUUUAUUUUUUGUGAAAUGUAAGUGCAGUAUCUGUUUAUUAAGUGCUGUGGUUUAAUAUGUACAUUAUUAUUUCAGUGCUGUGUAUACUGUCCUUAAUGUCUUGCCUCUCUCGUAUAACAUGAGAUACGCCCAAAUUGACUUGCAACAAGUGGUCCUGGUUCCAAAUCCGGACGUCGAUGGAUACCUGUAUUUUAUAUGCUGUAGUGUGCUGGGUGUCAGACAUUGCAAUGCACCUUGCUUUGAUUUUUACCCGUUAGAUCAGAGGGAGGUAAUCUUAUCCAGAAAGGGCCGCUGUGUAUGAUGGUUUUCACUGCAACUCUCUGAACAGCGGUUAUCCCAAUACCUUGAUCUUGCUAGCAUAUCUAAAUGUGUACCUAUUCAGGAAUAGAGUGGUGAAGGCAUUCAGAGGAGGACUGAUGAUUAUCAGAGGGAACAAAGGGGCUGGGUACUUGUCAGUAUCCAGUAGAACCACCAGACUCCUACACUGAAUGGUUCUGGAUGUGGCACAGACGUUAAUCCCUCUGUAUUAGGGGAUCUGUCUCCAGUUUGUACUCUUCCAGUUAAUAGAUAGAUUAUCAGACAGAUUUUCGCCCUAGUCCAAUACUCAUUGACAGCCUAAUACACCAUGUUUCAGUUUCUCUUGAUAGUCAAUACAUGUCACAGGAUGUACAUUACUCUGAUGGGCAGGCCCUCUUACAUAUGAUGGAAACACUACAACAACUUAAGAAUAAGGGUCAGAAGAGUGAAAUACAUAUAAUGAGUGUGUAGCUCAGCAGACUAAGACUCUGUGGCUGUGAUCAGAAGGUCGACGGUUCGUGCUCGGAAUUGGCAGAAUAGCCACAUGUCCACAGGCUUUUGAACAAGACCUGAAAACCCUGGGGGCCUCAAGGUAGCAGUCUCUUCACUGUGACCCCCAAGCUCGUUCUUGCCUUUAUGGAGAGCAAGAUGGGGCAAAUUAUUAAUACCAUGGGGCCUUAGCAGAAUUACAAACCAGUACAAGGAAAAUAGUUGUUAAUUUUACAUACUACCUUCUGCUGGCCUUAUGAGAAUAUUCAGAUUAUCAUUUUCCCCCAUAAUUGCAAUUUUGACAUUAAAUUGAUGAUUUUCCCACGGUCCUGUGGCCGCUUUAUAUGGUAAUUAUUGAUGAAAACUUUUUUGGAAAGUGAAACAAUAUUAAAAUUGCUUUAUUGCGUAAAAAAACUGUUUUUGUUUAGUAAAAUAAUGUUUUUUCGCUCUUUAUAGCGCCGUCUUGUGGCAAAAUUUGAAUACUGCAGUUUAAAAACAAUUAAAUGAUUUCUUCCCGAAAUUGCAGUACCUACUUUAGGCCACGAGAUGGCAGCAAGAAAAUUUAAAAAUUAUUUUCCCAGUCUACUAGCAGGUUGUGGUUUUUUUUGCCCAUUUUUGGUGUUAAGUCUUCAUUAAAAUAGUUUGACUUGGUCCAAUGUAUUUUUAAUAUAAACAAUUGCCACACAAAGCUGCUAGUACACUGUGGGAAAAUAAUUUUUGUAUUUCGGGAAGAAAUCAUUUAAUUGUUUACAAACUGCAGUAUUCACAUUUUGCCACAAGACGGCAGUAUAAAGAGUAAAAAAAAAAACGAAAUUGCAGUACCUACUUUUGGCCACGAGAUGGCAGCAAGAAAUAAGAAAAAAAUAAUUAACCAUCUGUGCAAGCAGGUAAACAUUUACCAUCUAUAUAAGUAUUGCACAUUGCACAUUGCAUAGAGAGUGUCCAAUCUAUGUUAAAGGUGAUUCGAAAGAAGUCAGACUUCAGUAAAGACUGUACAUUGGCAGCCAUAACAUAAGCCGUAAAUAAUUACCAAAUGAGUCAUCCCCUUUCAGAAACAUUUAUUGAUAUUCCUUCAUAACACACAGACAUAAGAUUUUUUUCCAACUGUCAGCAUCUGAUCCAAAUGGGAUUCCCAUUUCCUUUCUGUGGGAUCCAACAGAACACACCAUCAGUCAACAUGCCUUCAACCAUGCAGGACAGGACCCAGUCCAGGCCAAACCUCACGGUGCUGGUGUUGAUAAAAAAAUUAGGCAGCUGGUUCAUCCCAGGCUCAGGGUCUCUCUGCUCUUCAUCAAACCCACACCCCCAGUUUGGGAGCACCCUCUCCCUCUCCUCCCCCCACAGCUGUGACCGUUACUCCUCCUUGAGGAGUAACCGCUCCGCACCCUAUCCCAGCCCCUAUACCCACAGGAGUGCAUCACCCACUGCUUAUUCAGACACCUCGUCUACCUGUCUGUCCAUGUUGCCGUCCCAUGACAACUGGUCCAGCCUACAGGUGCCGUCCCAUUCCGGCAUGUUACCCAUGAGUCAUAGCGGCACCUCCGGGAGCAGCUCCAGGCAACACUGCAUGCUGAUUUAACGUCUUUCCUUAAUCUCCACCCCAUUGCUCACACACAGCCAGUAUCCCGGUUUGUGGUCAAUGAGCUCCUCCUCGCUCACUCCAGUUUCCCAGUCCAGUGGAAUGUACAA